CGGAGUCCAGACGCACUGACGCGGGCACCCAAAGCCGCAACCACAUACGCACAAAUCCCCAUCCACCUGGCUCCCUUUCCCGUAUCCAGCGGCAUGGUGAUGGGCUCGGGCACGUCCUCUGAUCAGGAACUUAUGGCCCCGGCCUCGGAGGGAUCUUCGGGCGCGCCACCGAUCUACCCUCCGUCCCCGACGCGCCCCCGCCCGCCCGUCCCGGUGUUCUCUGGACCCGCGGUCCCCGUCCCCGAGACUCGGGACCCCGAGACGCCUCUCGACGCCGUGCCGCCCGCCCCCGCCGACUCGUCGCACAGCGUGCUUACCGAGGAGCUGGUGUGCAAUCUGCGAAUGCAUCUGGCGCGGCUACGCAUCGGCGAUGACCCAUACAUGCCGAGCCCCGCGCCGACGGACCGGCGGUCGCGACCCGUGCGCUUCAGCACGGUCGACGACGUGCCUCUGCUCAACAUCGCCGCGGAGCGCGUGUACGACGACGAUGACGAGUACGCCACCCUCCGCAACGAGGACGCCGCCACACUCGCCGACCUUAGGCAGAUGCCGAACCGAGAUUUCCGCGCCUGCCCGCGCGAGGUCUACCGCAUGCCGCUACCCCGCGCCCCCUUCGGCAACGACCCCGACGCGCCGUACUUUAUCGUCAUGUACGUCCACCAGCGCCGCGCUGGCCAGCUCGAGCUCGACCCCUUCGACCACCGCUUGUGGCACAUACUGAUGCGAGUAGCGAGAACCGGCGGCAUCGCCGGCGGUUGGCACAUCAUCCACCCUGGCAUGUUUUCCGUGCGCUUCAUGCGCGGUAGGUUUCUCCUCCCUCUCCCUCGUCUCCUCCCCCUCUUUCAUCUUCCUUCGUUCCCUCAUCUCCUCCCUGGCCCCCAGCAGAGGCCAAGAGAAAUGCGGCUCCUCCCGGAGCGGCCCGUAACUGGUCGCCGAACCCUUUUCCUAACGUGCCAGCCUACUGACUUGUAACUUAUAACUAACCCUCCCAUCCUCUAUCAGUCAGCGGCGAUGGCAUCCCUUCGCGUAACAGCGUCAUUGAUGAGCGGAAUCAGGUCUCGGACGCCACGUACUGGGGCGAGGCGGUGCUCGACCUCCUGCAGAUGCGCCAGCAAGGCCGAUGGCCGCCGCCCGAGGAUU